AUGCGCGGCUUUUUGUUGGCUGCGUUUGUGCUAGCAGUAUACGCCGACGAUUGCACAGACUGCUUGAGCAGCGGCAAACAGUUGCGUUUUUAGACAAACUGAUUUCUGUAUAGUUUGCUGGAGUUUUCGGAAGAGAAUAGAGUCAUUUUAUUCAUCCAUUUUCAAACUCCAGCAAGCAGAUACGUACUGCAAAAAUAAAUUUGUUCAACUUUUCAGCUUCUGCGCCACCGCCAGCAAAUGUAAUGUUCCGGCGUGUCCUCAAGCGAUUACAGUUGAUAUUACAUUUGAUGUUGAUUUCAAUUUUAAUUUUCAGAGGGCCCUGAAUUGUCCACGUCUACCAAAAGAAGGAUACGGCUACAAUGACACAUUCGUUCGAAACACGGCGCUGGUUACCAUUUCCGCCGCGUACAACGAUAAUCCACAGCUUUGCUUCAAGUAAGUGUUCUACUCACCUAAUCAUUCAACAAAAAAUUGAACAGAGAAGUCUUAACCUGUUACAUAAUUUUUAAUAGUUUGAUCAACAAUUUUUAUAAUUGAAACCAGCGAUUGAUGAGUUUUAUGUUUUCUGCUUGAGUACUGUAUUCGCCGAAACUUGAAACAUCCUGAUUUCUCUGAAUCUCUUUGCAAAGUUUUCUAUGAGCUCCCUGACGAGGGCAAAAGAGACGAAGAAAAGUCAGAAUGGUUCGAAGAAUGGCGAAUAUGAUCUCACGCAUAGUUCUAAAAUAAUAAAAUAUAACGAUGUAUAAAAAAAUGCAGCAAGCAAUUGCCAUCGAUGAAGGUGUCCAAAAUAAUCAGCGUCAACUGUUCGGCUUUUGGCCCUCGUAAGUUUUCAUUUUUCAUCCUGAUCAAUAGUUUUUUCUUCAAAUUAGAGACCGAUUGCUUCGGUUACACCGCCGUCGACACUGUCCAAAGAGUCAUUCUGAUGACGUUUCGUGGAACACUUGGCGACCUACAGUUGGGCGACGAACUAGACUCGUUUUUCAGGUUGGAAAGAGGAAAAAAAAUAAUUAAACAAUUCUUUAGGAAGAAGAAGCCAUUCUUCGACUCUGGUAACAUUUUGGAGUACUUCUACGACGGUUUCAUGUUUAUGUGGAACGGCGGAAUGCAGGCUGACAUUCGUCAGUUAAAGUUCCUCUACCCAGGCUACACCCUUUGGGUAUAGCUUCCAAAACGUCAAGUAAAAUUACUCUUUUUGUCAGGUGCACGGUCAUUCUCUGGGCGGAGCUAUGGCGUCCGUUGGAGCGUCGUACGUCGUCAAAAGCGGACUGUUUGAUGGAAAAGACGUCAAAUUGAUCACUUUUGGGCAGCCAAGGACCGGUGACUACGCCUAUGCCGAUUGGCAUGAGACUGCGGUACCUACUCAUUCAAUUAAAUGAGUUCACUUUCCAAUUACGUUGCAGUUCCCCUAUUCUUAUCGAGUUAUCCAUCAUAAAGACAUCACCCCGCACAUUCCACCUCAAGAAGGAGCCGAUGAAUAUUUCCACCAUCGCACAGAAGUUUGGUGAGUUACGAAACAAGAAGUAGUCUUUUAGCGAUGUUAAUCCUCGAAAUAGUUAUUGUUUUUUAGAAAAUCAUCUAACAUAGGUAUUUGUAAAGCAAAACCACACAUUUAUUCAGUCUCGAGAGAGAUUCUUUGCUGGAUCAUGAAGCUAUUGGAGAGUUUUUUUUUUCGGUUUGCUAAACUUUCUAUUAUCCAAAACGGAAUUCAGAAAUAAUCGAAAAAAUUUCAAAAUUUUAUUUCGAAUUUCAGUUCUGAAGUUUUUGAGAAGCACAAAAGUAAAAUUUCUAAAAAAUCAUCUUCAUAAGGUAUCUCCAAUACUGCAGAACGUAUCGCAGUGAUCCAAAAUUGAAAGAAAAACUAUAUGUUUCGCGUUUUUUUUUAAAAUUUUAUGAACGAAUUGCUCAUAUUAAAGAAAAUAUUUUUUCAAAGAAAACACAACGUUACUCUCGCUGCGACAAAGUCCAUAAUAAUAUGUGAUAAGAAUUUAUAGACUCAAAAAAAUGAACCAAAUUAGGUACAACAACGACAUGCUACCGGGACAACCCUUCACGAUUUGCAAAGAAGCAGACGGACUUUUCUGCAGUGCAACUCAAGUAGAGCUCAGCGUUAGCGACCACACGUACUACUUUGGAAAACAAAUAAUCGAUUGGGCCAUGGCCGGGUGCCCGUGA